GAUUAGGCAAGAUCUUAAUGUUUAUUUAAUGAUGAACAUCAUUAUAUAUAAUAUAUCUCUUCUAGCUCUAAUUUUAUCACAGAGUUUUCAGAUUACUAAGAAUUUCUCUCCCUCUCUUUUUCUACGUUUUCUGCUAGUUUCAGGGGAAGUUGGUAAAUUAAACAAAAGUAGUACCAGGAAGCAAAGACUAAAUCAUGGGAACAAGGGGGUCUGUUGCCACGGAAGGACCGCGUGCCAAGGAAAUUUGUAUUUCAGUAAGGCAGCGUAGUUUUAAUUACGCAUACUGUUAUAAGGCUACAGAAUAUGGCAGGGACCUCAAACAAUAUCUGACUUUAUUAGAUGCUGCAAUGAGUAAUAACUGGGAAUCAGCGGCACAGUUCAUAAAGAAUGACCCAAGUUCAGUGAAUGUUGCGAUCACAGUAUGCGGGAGGACUGCAUUGCAUAUUGCAGCUGGUGCAGGACACUCGAAAUUCAUACUAAAACUGGUCGAUCACAUGUCCAUGGAAGCACUUGAAUUGAAAGACAGUUAUGAUGGUAAUACAGCUCUUCAUCUUGCUGUAAUUUCUGGCCUUGAUGACGCUGUUAAAGCAAUGGUGCAUAAACAUGGAAACUUAACACGUAUAUGCAACAAAAAUGGGUCGAAUCCGCUACUCAAUGCUGCUAUUCAUGUCAGUGUAGAGCAUGCAGAAAUCAUUAGAUUCCUAUGUGAUGAAAUGAAAAAUGAACCAAGUUCCUUUCUAGGUAAUUCGGGAGCUCAACUCAUAUGCAAUAUAACUCGUGCUGGUUUAUACGAAUUGGCAACUAAUCUAAUCCAUGAACACCCGAGUUUAGCAACUGCACAAUUGGACAAUGGCACUACUGCGCUAGAUGUUAUACCAGAAAAGGAUCUUUCGAUUCCAACGGCCUAUGAGGAAUCGACACUGUCUCUCCUAGCAUAUCAUCAGCAUUGCACGAUUACUGAUAAGCCGGCAUCUAUAUUUCUCAAAAUGCUAUUCUGCUUUGGCAGCAAAUCUAAGGGCUUUCACCGUCGAAAACUAAAAUCUUAUAUUGUCCUGGAAUUGGUGAACUUAGUUUUUGAAGAAAUUACGCUCAUGCCCAGGGAAGAAAUGUUUCAAUUUUUCUUGGGAUCGAAUUUCCUGAAAACUGCCGCAAAAAAUGGUUCAGUUGGAAUCAUAAAAAUGUGUAUUGCAACCUAUCCGGAUCAGCUUUGGUUACCCCGUGAAGGAAGGAACAUAUUUCAAAUAGCCGUCGAAAACAGACAGGAAAAAAUCUUUAAUUACUCGUACGAACACAUGAACGCAGAUGAGAAGAUUUUAACUACUCACAUUGUAGAAUCAAACGGCGGUAACAUAUUACAUGUUGCUGCAAAAAUUGCGCCUCCUUCUCGACUAAAUAUUUAUACUAGCCCUGUUGUUCAAAUGCAAAGUGAGAUUAUCUGGUUUAAGAAAGUGGAGAAGAGGGUACCACGUGCUUUACGAAAUAUGAGAAAUAAGGACGGAGAAACUCCUCGAGAGGUUUUCACUCGGGAGCACAAACAUUUAGUGAAAACGGCAGAGGCUUACAUGAUACGUACAGCUGAAUCAUGUCUAGUAGUGGCCUCUCUGGUAGCCACAGUUGCAUUUGCGGCAGCAAUUACACUACCUGGAGGAACUUUCAGUGACAGUAAUGCAACCGAUGAGAAAGGAAAGCCUAUAUUCUUGGGAAAGAAGAAGUUCCUUGCAUUCAUGGUGGCUGAUGCUCUGGCUCUCUUUUCUUCGACUACAACAAUUCUUCUGUUCUUAUCUAUCUUUAUUGGGAAUCAUAAUGAAGGGAAUUUUAAGGAAAUAUUGCCGAGAAGACUGAAGAGGGGUCUUGGAAGUCUCAUCCUAUCGGUAUUGAGUGUGGUGAUUGCAUUUAGCAUAGCACUUUAUAUCAUACUUGGGGAUAGAUAUAAAUGGGCUCCAUAUCUGAUAGUUGUGGCUGCCUGUUAUAGUCUUUUAAUAUCUCUGAAGUCUCUAUAUAUAUUGUUUGUCGAAUUGGACGACAUCAAAGGACCAGUACUCUAUUGGGCGAUACCAAAAGAUCACAAACCUAAUGUACGUAUUGUGUUGAAAAAUGUCUAACCAACCUGGAGCAGCUGAUUUAAAUUUGAAGUAGAAGUUUAGGGGACGCGUGCAUCUCAAUGUUCUCAAAAUAAGUAGGCAGCAGGUUCUUCGCAAGACGUCUUAGCGCCCGGAGAA